UCUGAUCAAACCAGUAAAAACGCGCGGCAUUAGGUAGUGAGCUUCUUGGGCCGUGUGUUUGUGUCUGCGUUCUUCCUGCGAUUUUCCAUCAUAUAACUACUUAAUGUGCGAAACGCUGAUAUUACGAGUAAUCCAAUUUAUUUGAGUCUACUACUACUACAGAAUCAUACAAGUUUAUAUACGAGAGAGCAAUAUUGAUAAAAGAUGGAAAGGACGAAGAUAAUUGAGAGUGGUGAUUGCAAUGCAAGCGAAAAAACUGGUUACGAGAAUAAAGUGAUAAAGAGAGAUACGUUGAUAUUACCAAUUAAGGAAUAUGUGAGAACGGAUAGUGCAGACGUGAUAUUGAAAGCGACGACGGCAUCGAUCUGCGGCAUCAUGGAGGAACUGUUGAAGAGCAAUAAGUUCGUGAUAGUAGGUUUCGAGUUGAUCACGAUGUUCCUUGUGCAAACCUUCGAUACGAGAGUCGAGCGAAAAGUGUUGAUCGAUACGCCCUUAUGGUUGGUGGACAAAGACGUCGCCCAAUGGUACAACAACUGUACGCGCAGCAUUCUGGAGAACGUCAAGGAUUACAAGGGAGGCGAAUACUCUCAGGUAUCCCAGAUACACUUGAAAGUGUUCAACGAGAUCAGCAAAACAUCCUACCUUAAUCUACCAACGGAGAUCGAGGCGAAGGAUGAUGCCGUCUUGAACAUACAGAACGUCAGGGAUGAGGCCUGCUUCGCUUGGAGCAUCAUAGCGGGAUUGUCACCGGCGUCGAAUCUGUCGCGUUAUCUAACAACCAGCUAUCCUCAUUACAAGGCCGUGCUGAAGAUCCACGGUCUCCAGAUGCCCAUCAAAAUUUCGGAUAUACCCCAGUUCGAGGUGCGGAACUACAUGAGCAUCAACGUUUUCGGCAUCGAUAGGAACGAAAAAAUUCUGCAGCUCUACGUGACGAGAAAGAAAAGAAACGUCCACGUGAAUCUACUACUUAUCGAAGACAACAAGAAAACCAAAUAUCACUAUUGCCUAAUUAAACAUUUCUCGCGACUGAUGAACGAAUCUCCGCUCGAUGUGAUUGAAUGGUGUGACAUGUGCAUGACACCACAAGGUAGCAACGACCAACUCAUGUCACAUACGAAAAACAAAUGUUCUGCACUAUUCUCGGUCGACAAUGGUAUCAAAAUGCCGGUGGCCAAUCCCGCUGCAGCGUUCGAAGAUGAUUCGGACGAAAAUGUUAGUUUAGAUUUGCACGUCUCUGAUAACGACGAAGAAGAAAAAAUUAAAAACAAUGACAUAACAAUGGAAAAUGAGGACGAGAUCUUAAAUAAAUUCGACGUUGCCGAUGACGCCACGAAGCAGAAGUUGGACAAAGUCAAUGGAACGAUAGCGCGCAAAGAUACAGAAACUGUGAAUCAGAUUGAACAAACGCUUAAAGAUGCACUUAAAUCUACGGAUGUUAUUGUAUCGAAUGGUGCCGAAUGCAACGGCACAGAGUCGUCCAGUGUAAAAGAGGCUGUAUCUGAAUGCGUCAAUAAGGAGGAAAAGAAAUCUGACGAUGUACAAGCAGUGAAGGAAAGUAGUAAAGAUGAGGGAGAAAGUGAAGACUUUUUGUUAGUUCUGCAAGAAACUACAUCUGAUGCUGAUGAAAAUCACGACGAGGCAUCAAACUCUGACGAUGUUGAGGAGGAUAGCGGUGAAAACAAUGAAGCAGCUGAAGAAACUACUCAUAACGAAGAGAUGACGCAAACAGAUGAAACCAAGGAUGACCAAGCUGAGGAGGAAGAUGCUAUGGAAAUUGAAGAACCACCCGAUCACAUCGACAUCAUCGAAGAAAACGUCAGGAUGUCAGGGGAAUCGGAGGCAGUUUCUGAGCGAAAAGAGAAAACGGACAUGUUGAUACUAGAUGAAGCUGCGAAAAAAACUACUACUGAUGACGAUAAUAAAGAAAACGAGAAAAACUCGACUGCUAAAGAGGGCGAUGAACGAAAGAGCGUAUUGGAAUCAAUUUUGACUACUUAUUUAGUUAAAGGUCGAAAGGAAACGACAACGAAGCCAAGCAAACGAUUAUUGGAAGAAGGCGAACAGGACACUUCUAAACGCGCGAAACUGGACACGGAAGCAAAGAGCAUAGUGAAAUUGACGAAUUUCAAACGGUUUAUGUUGGAUAAAAAGAUGACCGGUCUAACAAGGGAUCAGUUGGAAGAGCUUUGCAUACAGAAAAUGUGCGAGUGCAUUGUACAACGUAGCGAAAUUGGAGAACUGAAGAUGAAAAUUAAAGCUCAUGAGCAGGUCUUGGACAGCUUGAGAAAAGAGGCUGUGUUGCUCGGCAAACAGACUCGUGAUCUUAACAUCGUGCACCAAAAGGUCAUACAGGAUGUAAGCAAGAUGCAAGAGAACCGCGACAAACCGUUGAUCUUACCCAAGAUCACUAGGUCAGUGGGAUUGCAGGCGUACGUCCGAAACGAGGAUACUCGAAAAACUAAGAAAAUUCCAAUCACAACUCCAGCAGCUACACUUAUAACGAGAAGUCCGAAGGUCAACGGUUUGACACCUAUAAUCGCGAGAUCGUCACCGAUCAGCCGACCUAAUCCUCAGCAAAAGUCUGUAGCAACUACCUCUCCUAGGCAGCAGCAAAAUGCGAAGAGCGCAACUCCGCAGACUCCGCCCAUAAUCGCAACUGGAACGCCCCAGCGAAACGAUAAAGGCGUUAUCGAUCUCACCGACGAGGAUGACAAAGCAAGAAAUUUGCAUCCCAGUAUUCCAAAUGGCACUAAAGUUAAUAUGAUCAAUCCACCUAAUGGUCAUAAAUUCGUGGUUAUGCCGAACGGACAACCCAUGAUGGUGAAACUUGGAUCAAUAAAACCAAAUUCAAAUAUCGUUAUGCCCCAAUCGUUAUUGCGGCCUGGUCAAAAUGGGAUGACGAAUGUUCCUAACAGCAGCAACAAAGUUGUCCGAUCUUCUAAUGUUCGCAUCGGAUCAACAGCUAACAUCGGGUUGACCACUGGAAAGAGACAAACCGCUCCUGUUCAAGGCAACAUUCGAUCGUGGAAUAAUUAUCAAGUUAACCAGAAGAUCAUCAGGCAUCCAGCACCGCUACCCACUGGUCCCGAUCAACCAGGAAUUUAUUCAUCAAAGGCCGUGCCUCCAAAACCUCAGCUGAUGCUGAACAAGACUCCUUGCGGUACGGGUAUAGUGCUGUCAUGGAAGAUGCCAUAUAAACUGGAAUUGUACGAGGAGAUCGCCAGCUACCAGCUGUAUGCAUACCAGGAAACCAAGAGUGAACCUAAGACUGACAGUUGGGGUAAAAUCGGCGACGUGAAAGCCUUGGAGCUUCCUAUGGCCGUCACGUUAACACAAUUCGCUGUUGGCAACCGAUACUAUUUCGCUGUGCGUGCUGUUGACGUUCUCACAAGGCAUGGAUCAUUCAGUGAAUAUCAAACUAUUUUAUUGUGAGAAUCUUAUUUAAUACUAUAAAGUGUACAAAGUGAGAGAACUUGAAAGAGAGAGAGAGAGAUGCAGAUUUCAUGUAAAUGUAGAGUUUAAUUUAUUGUAAAUGCCUGUGGCAAACAUUCAUUUUCAA